AUGUUGUUUAGUCCCCUCCUCAUCUGGGCUCUCGCGACCAUUGCACGCGUGGUGGAAUGCGAAAACGAGGGUGAUGACGUCUUUCGACAGGACUGCUUGUCGCUGAACCCUGCAGCGCUCAUCAGGAACUCGACCCUGGCGAGACUCGAGUUCGUAGCUCAGGGCACGACCGUAUCCCUCAAUGACAAUGUCCCGUCUUGCAAUCGUCCUGCGCAAAAAGUCGAGGUCGAUCUUUGCCGCGUCGGUCUCCAGAUUCCGACCUCUAAGCGCUCGAGCAUCAGCUUUGAGCUGUGGCUCCCCAGAGAAUGGAAGGGCGCGCGGUAUCUUGCGACGGGAAACGGUGGUGUUGACGGCUGCAUCAAGUAUGAAGACCUGGCGUACGGCGCCGCUAACGGUUUUGCAACCAUGGGGACUAACAACGGACAUAAUGGCACAACCGCCGUGACGAUGCUGCACAAUCCCGAUAUUAUUGAGGACUUUUCUUAUCGAGCGCUUCAUACUGGCACCAAAUCUGCCAAGAAAAUCAUAAAGGCUUUGUACGACAAGAAACCUGACCAUUCGUACUUCAUCGGAUGCUCCCUGGGCGGCCGCAUGGGUAUCAAAGCUGCAGAGUUCUUUCCCGAGGACUACGAUGGCAUCGUCGCCGGUGCGCCGACCGUUGACUUUAACAAACUCCAAGGCGCGCGAGCCUUUUUCUACACCGUGACUGGCGCCGUCGGCUCCCAGGAUUUCAUCUCUGCCGAUACAUGGACAGGUCUCAUCCAUGAUGAGGUCCUCCGACAAUGUGAUGAGAUCGACGGCGUCGCGGAUGGCAUUAUUGAGGUCCCAAAUAAAUGCCACUUUGACCCGCAGGCGCUGUUGUGCAAAGCGUCAGAGGUCCAGGGGUGUCUGAACAAAGCUCAAGUCCAGCAGCUCGAGAAGAUCUACGCACCGUAUGAGUUCCCCGAUGGAGAGCCCAUUUUCCCACGCCUGAAUCCGGGAGCGGAGAAGAGAGCCGUAGAUCGACUCUUAUCUGGCCUGCCAUUCACCAACUCAGUUGAAUGGUUUCGCUACGUGGUCCUCAGCGACCCCGCUUGGCAACCCGAAGACUACACCUCGGAUCUCGUCCGCACGGCCGAGACCAUGAACCCAUUCAACAUCCGAACCUAUCCCCGCACCCUCCCCGGCUUCAGGGCCCGCGGCGGCAAGCUCAUCACGUACCACGGCGGCCAGGACCAGCAGCUCACACAGUUCAACACCGAGCGCUUCGUCGAGCGCAUGGCCCGCGGCGACGGCCGGCUGGGCGAUUACCACCGGUACUUUCCCAUCUCGGGGAUGUUCCACUGCAACACGGGGCCGGGAGCCUGGGUCCUCGGCCAGGGCGGCAACGCUGCCGCGGCGGGUAUCGGUUUCAACGCCGAGAGCAAUGUGCUGGCGGCGGCGGUCGCCUGGGUGGAAGAGGGCCGGGCGCCCGAGGUGCUACGAGGGACCAAGUUUGUGGAUGAUGCGCCGGCCAAGGGUGUUGACUUCCAGCGCGACCACUGCGCCUGGCCCAGGCAGCAGACAUUCAAAGGUGGCGAUUACAAGAAGCCUGAAAGCUGGAGGUGUGUCUAG